ACAGUAAGUCGUGAGGGAGGAAAGUAGGCUAACGCGAGUUUGCGCCGCUCCGUCUCGCUCACAUCCGACCGUCAACCUUUGAAUCCCGGGUUUAGGGGGCGAGUAGGCCGCUCCAGCGUCCACGGAGGCAAUUGGCUGCGUUCUGCCCUUGUGUUUACAGCUGCUGCUUCCUUCUGUCACGUACAGUGGACAGCGCGCGCUUACACACACACACGCGCGCGCGCGCAUCAUGUGUCGCGAGUGUGUGCUAUCCUUUUGGAGCCCAAAGUCCUCCAAGUGAGUCUCUUGUCGGCGUGUCAGAAGAUUAACGGGGCUGUGUGUGUGCGCAGUGAAGCACGCGCCACUGCAGCCAGCUGUACCACACUGCAAGCCGCACAAGACAGCACACAUAGCAGCCGGACGCAGCGUGUCGAGGCGCCGGGGCCAAGAGGACGGAAAGGAAGAAGGGAAGGAAGGAAGGAAGAAGGGAAGGAAGGGUUACCGCUUCAGCUGCGACAGAGGUCGGCUCCAUGGCCGAGAGAAGGGUCUCGCGGUGGUAUUUCGGUGGGCUGGCGUCCUGCGGGGCUGCGUGCUGCACGCAUCCUCUGGAUCUGCUAAAGGUUCACCUACAGACACAGCAGGAGGUGAAGAAGAGGAUGGUGGGGAUGGCCAUUCAUGUGGUUAAGAAUGAUGGAUUUCUGGCUCUGUACAGUGGCCUCUCUGCCUCUCUGUGUAGACAGAUGUCUUAUUCCCUCACCAGAUUUGCAAUCUAUGAGACCGUCAGGGACAUGAUGGGAAGCACAAGCAAGGGCCCAUUGCCCUUCUACCAGAAGGUCCUGCUGGGAGCCUUUGGAGGUUUCACUGGUGGGUUUGUUGGGACGCCAGCAGACAUGGUGAAUGUCAGGAUGCAGAAUGACAUGAAGCUACCACCAGAACUGAGGAGGAACUACAAACACGCCAUCGACGGGCUCUUCAGAGUCUUUAGAGAAGAGGGUGUGAGGAAGCUUUUCUCAGGGGCCACCAUGGCAUCCAGCAGAGGUGCGAUGGUCACUGUUGGACAGCUAGCGUGUUAUGACCAGGCCAAACAGCUUGUGUUGGGAACGGGGAUAAUGGGCGAUACCAUCGUCACACACUUCCUUUCCAGUUUCAUCGCUGGAGGCUGCGCUACGUUCCUGUGUCAACCUCUGGAUGUAAUGAAGACGAGACUGAUGAGCUCAAAGGGAGAGUACACGGGCGUGACACACUGCUUACGGGAAACUGCCAAGUUGGGUCCGCUAGCGUUUUACAAGGGUCUCGUUCCAGCUGGCAUCCGCUUGAUCCCUCACACAGUGCUCACCUUCAUGUUCCUGGAGCAACUCAAAAAAUACUUUGGCAUUCGCAUCAUCUCCUGAGCACACCCUGCAGGGAGCCAUCAAUGUGUGUGUGUGUGCUUCACCAUCUCAUUUUGCUCUACUCUGUCUCAAUGAUUUUGACUACAGAGCGCUACGAGUGCUGGAAGGGAGGAAUACUGGAACAACAAAUGAUUCCCUGGCCUAGGAUUUUAAGUUACUUAAUAGAGAGGUAACCCAAACCCUUCCAAAUUAAUCCUAGGAGUUUCAAAUGAGUUUUAGCAGAUGUUAAAGUAGUAGUCUUUUCUAAUUUCAGUCAAAGUAUGUUAAGAGACAUUGUGUUAAUGUUGAGUUGGGGAGACCACAGCUAAUUCAUCAACUUUGAUCGUAGAUGACAGACUUAAUAGCUGGUCAUAUUUUUUAUUUUUUAUGUUUAAAUCUCAGCACCCAGUACUUUAAGCCCUGUCCACCACGGUGUACAGCACCUUCAGGUCCUGACCAGCGUAACAAAAUUGUAGACCACGGCUUAGAAAGUUCUGUGUGAGGAACACCAAGACAUCGUUUGAAAUUUUAGUUGUAAAAGUCGUAAACACCGUGAAGUUUGUUAUCAGUGCUGCAUGUACCAAUCUAUUAUAUUUCCCCAAAAAGCCAUUAUGAAAACACGACUGAUCGAGCUAUUACGUACGUACGUGCAUAGUCAUCAUUCCCAACAGUGCUGACUUUAAGAAAUACAGAAAUAUUGGUUUGCCUUCUAAUGACCUAAUGACUAUCUUUGAAGUGUAAAUCAGCCAGUACUGUGAUCAAGUCUCACUAAUAUUCACCAGGUUCUCCUUUACUUCAUUCCACCACUAUCAAACUUUCUCAUUUUAUUCUUAAAUCUUUCAGAGAAGUGGACCAAGUUUGUUUUUCAGUAAGGAGAGGGUUAGUGGGGAAACUGUGAAGUGGGCCUGAAGGUCCAUCUGUUAGUGCUUCUUUUAUUUUCUGCUCCCCGUGGAAUUGUGAAUGACCACUUGAUGUAAUUUUAGUUCUUGCUAUUUAAAUAGAGAUGCCUGUAGAGAAGCUUGUAGAGAUCUGCUGCGCACUACAAGUUUACAUGUAGCAUUGUCAUCUUUAAUGUUACCGUUUCAUCGAGGUGAAUGCACGUCAGACUUAAUGACUCAGGAUGCUCCUCUUUUUCUUAAAAAAAAAAGGCACUUUACUGAAAAUCACUGGACGCCUCAAACCUAACCUGCUGCGUAGAAACCCCUGCCAUAGACUUAAAAAAAACAAAAAUAAAAGAAGAAGAAGUCAUAUUUGCAUUUAUUUUGAAUUCAAAACAUUAUCGUUUCCAGUUGUGGCUGUUUUGUGGCUCUUGGUUUUCGUAAAAUCAGGCAUCGCCUGUGCCUACUCUGUCUACAGAGACCUUGUCAAAUAAUAUUGCCUUACAGCAUCUAUCCUGCAGGGGGCAGUGUGGUAACGUGUACUUUACUUUCUCUAAUUCAUCCUGUAAUAAGUCCUGCAUCUUCAUCAGUGCCAUUAGGUCACCCUGUUUGCCUGCAUGUUCUGACCUUGAUAAAGUGAGGUCCUCUACUGUAGAUGAGCCGAAAGUUUGGUCAUUGUAACCCCCGUCUUUAUUCACAGUCGUAGUUAAUAGCACUGGAGGGACCCAUAAUUCUGGGUGUGUUGAAUUUGCAUCAUGUAGAUCAUUAACAAAAGGAUUUUUGAAUAAAAAUAAAGAGAAUAUCUGCGCA